AUGAACAUGAUAAUGGAUAUAUUGAAUCAAGUUAUGUAUGCUGAAGAAUGCUAUUUCUCCAACAGAGUUAGCAGAGAGAAAUUAAUGGAAGACAUAAGACGUCUUCGGAGUGAAUACGAGAUUGGAAUAAUGAGAGACUCUGGAAGAGAAGGAAUAAAAUUCAAAAUGGCAUUGCUAUUUAUUCUUAGAAGAGUGAGACACAAGAUUAUACUUGAAGACAGACUCAUGGAGAUGAUUGAUUCCGAGGUUGCUUUCGUUAGAGGAUGUGUAAGCAGUAUCAUCUCUGAGCCCUUCGGAGUCAAGCCUGUAGAAACCAUGAGGCCUACACAACAAGAAGCAGAGACCAGGUGUGCCAAACCAAGGACAAGGGCCAACUUCCCUAUGGACACUUCACAGCUUCUGAGAUCUUGGCUUAAAGAGAAUAUGGAUAACCCAUAUCCAUCGGAUGCCGAAAAGGCAUAUCUUUGCCAGAAGACUGGCCUUGGUCCUGCACAGAUUAAUAAUUGGUUUAUAAAUGCUAGGAGAAGAAUCUUACCUUUCAUGAAAGGAAAGCGUGCGAGUUUCAAAUAA